UGAAAUAUGAUUAUUUGAGCCAGUGCUCUUUAGCACUUCUCUUCUUUAUGAGAGGUAAUGUCAUGUAGGGAUGAUAGACAGAAGACCCAGUCACGUGACCUGUCUCCACAUUUGGAGGAAAUAUGGGAUGUAUAAAAUCAAAAAGGAAAGACAAUCUGAAUGACGAUGGAGUAGAUUUGAAGACGCAACCAGUACGUAAUACUGACCGAACUAUUUAUGUGAGAGAUCCAACGUCCAAUAAACAGCAAAGGCCAGUUACAGAUUCUCAGCUUUUACCAGGACAGAGGUUUCAAACUAAAGAUCCAGAGGAGCAAGGAGACAUUGUGGUGGCCUUGUACCCCUAUGAUGGCAUCCACCCGGAUGACCUGUCUUUCAGGAAAGGAGAGAAGAUGAAAGUCCUGGAGGAGCACGGAGAAUGGUGGAAAGCUAAAUCCCUCUCAACGAAGAGAGAAGGCUUCAUCCCCAGCAAUUACGUAGCCAAAGUCAACACCUUGGAGACGGAAGAGUGGUUUUUCAAGGAUAUAACCAGGAAAGAUGCAGAAAGGCAGCUUCUGGCACCAGGGAACAGUGCUGGAGCAUUUCUUAUCAGAGAAAGUGAAACAUUAAAAGGAAGCUACUCUCUGUCUGUCAGAGAUUAUGACCCUGUGCAUGGCGAUGUCAUUAAGCACUACAAAAUUAGAAGUCUGGACAAUGGAGGUUAUUACAUCUCUCCGAGAAUCACUUUUCCUUGCAUCAGUGACAUGAUUAAGCAUUAUCAAAAGCAGUCAGAUGGCUUGUGCAGAAGACUGGAGAAGGCAUGCAUUAGUCCCAAACCACAGAAGCCAUGGGACAAAGAUGCCUGGGAGAUCUCACGGGAGUCCAUUAAGUUGGUGAAGAGGCUUGGCGCUGGACAGUUUGGAGAAGUCUGGAUGGGUUACUAUCACAAUAGCACCAAAGUGGCUGUAAAAACCCUGAAACCAGGCACUAUGUCUGUGCAAGCAUUUCUGGAAGAAGCAAACCUCAUGAAGACCCUGCAGCACGACAAGCUGGUGAGGCUGUACGCAGUGGUCACCAAAGAGGAACCCAUCUACAUCAUCACGGAGUACAUGGCCAAGGGCAGUUUGCUGGAUUUCCUGAAGAGUGAUGAAGGGGGCAAAGUGCUGCUCCCCAAGCUAAUCGACUUUUCUGCUCAGAUCGCAGAGGGAAUGGCGUACAUCGAGAGGAAGAACUACAUUCAUAGAGACCUAAGAGCCGCUAAUGUCCUGGUCUCUGAGUCGCUCAUGUGCAAAAUUGCAGAUUUUGGCCUUGCUCGAGUAAUUGAAGACAACGAGUACACAGCAAGGGAAGGUGCUAAAUUCCCCAUUAAAUGGACAGCUCCAGAAGCAAUCAACUUUGGAUGUUUCACUAUUAAAUCUGAUGUGUGGUCCUUCGGAAUUCUCCUGUAUGAAAUUGUCACCUAUGGGAAAAUUCCCUACCCAGGGAGAACUAAUGCUGAUGUGAUGACCGCGCUGUCACAGGGCUACAGGAUGCCCCGCAUGGAGAACUGCCCGGAUGAGCUCUAUGACAUCAUGAAAAUGUGCUGGAAAGAAAAGGCGGAGGAGAGGCCAACGUUUGAUUACUUGCAAAGCGUCCUGGAUGACUUCUACACAGCCACAGAAGGCCAGUAUCAGCAGCAGCCUUAGCGCACAGGAAGACUCGUGGCCAUUCACAGGGACGGCCGCCUCAUUAAAACGACAGUCGCUGGCUGCAGUAGCUUUCAUGCGCUAAGGGCAUCUGCCAUCCCUGCUUCCUGAAAUGAGGCUGAAUUACUCAGGAAGAAGCAUUCUCCGUGGAAAAGUUUCCUCUUCUCACAGGCCAAUGCCUAUGGCUUGCAGCUUGGCCUGCUCCCAGCUGGCCAUCUUGCUUUCUAGACUGGCAUCUGAAUGCGGCCCUCUGAGAAGGAACCACCCGUUCUAUCCAAAAGGCACCCACUUUGAACUCUUAUUUACAAUUGCACAUGUGGCUCAAAGGUUCAGGCCAUUUCAAUAAAUCCCAAAUAGUAGCAGAAUUCAACUCAUUUAUAAAGGUAAAAUAACCUGAUCCCUAUCAUGGCACUUCUUUGUAUUUUCUCUAUGCUUUGGCUUAUUUGUUUAAAAAUUACUAAUCCAACCUGUUAGAUUUUGCAAAUGAAGUCAGAAGCUUAAAAAUGUCUUUCUCAGAUUUCAGUGAUCGCUCCUCCCCCCAAGAUCUGAGCCUAUUAAACAUUUUCCUUCCGUGGAGACUGCUCAGAACCCUCAGACAUGAAGCAGCUGUGCUUUUCUGGUCUCUUCUCUGUAGAAGUGCCGCUCAUGAGCCAUGCAGAGCUGUUGCAAUCAGCGAGCGACGUGGAGCCCACCAAAUGCCGGGUCUUGCCUGGACCUCCCAGGAAGGGGAGAGGAGCCUCAGAUACCACUCUGCCUUAAGAAGGACUAUUUUUAAACGGUCUAGGUUUUCAAUCCCACAGUUCCCAAUAUACAGACUUUUGUUGACAAUGUAGUUUGGAAGAACAAUAAGAUUCUAAUCUCUGCAGAACCUUAUAAGACCUUAUAAAACCUAAGAAUUUUCUUUAUUGCUUCAGAUGAUUUGAACAUUAUUUUAAUGAUCAAAUAUUAAUUUUAGUUGUACUCAAAGUAAUGCCAUAUUUGGGAGCUAUUUGUGAUUCUGCAGGCUUUUCUAACCAGUGUAAGAUGUGUGUGAAACUAUUUAUACAGGAUAUGAAGGAAAAUAGUGACUGAGGAGUCUCUAGUGAGCCACUGUAGCAGAGGACACAGGAGGUUUGGUUUACUAAAUUUUUCUACUGUGAGCUUUGAAUGGAAAAUGCUCUAUCACAUCAUGUUUCACUUAUGCUGUCAUGUAUAUACCUAAUAUUUCAAUUUUCUGAUUUUAUUUUAAUACACAUGUCCAAUAACAUUCAA